AUGCACUCUGUGUCACUACUUGUUCCAGCUCUUGCGGGCGGUGUUUUGGGCUUCGCACUACCAGAGCCCAACGUUCGCCAUAUUCCACCACACAACGCCCGAUUGGGAAACAAGGCUAUCACGAAACAUGUUAUAAUUGAAGCACCAUGCGAAGACGACUACUACUACCACGGCGGCCUGCAGACAACGGCCUAUGCAGUGUUCCCAGGAUCCUCCUCCCCUACUCAGACGUUUGUUGUCACUACUGUUGAAACUAUCGCGCCGAGUGACGACCCGCUAGACACACCAGAUGUUGAUUUUCUUCCUGAAGUAGCCGACGGAUUCUACUUUGACGAGUAUCUCGACGAUUUCUACGGCUUCUAUGACUUCUCCGACACCUCCUUCUCGGCGACUCUCCAAGACUUUGCUCCGGGGUUGUCGUCCUACGACACGAACGUCUUCGAUGAAGACGACCUUCCACAGUUCGUUACCAUCGGCGGGCAACUGUACAGUACGGUAUCCCAGUUUUACCUACCACCAAACAUCAAUGCGAUUCUACCACGCAGCCCGCAGCAGCUGCCGGCACUGGAUCCGAAAAACUUUGCCAGCAUACAAGACCUUCUAGAGGAGAUAGCCAUCCGACAGGAAACAGAGAGAGAAUACGCACGGCUUGUGGCUUCACAGUCGCCUCCAAAACAGCCCCCGUCUAAGGCUGAUGCCUUAAACGCCCCGGGGAUCGCGAUGCUGCAGAGGCAGUCCAUCCGGGAUGAAAUCAUAGCUCGCCGUGAGAGUGAGAAGGCGGCCAAGGCCAUCCAGGCCGGGCAGGCCAGUGCCGCUGUCCAGGCUUCCGCGAGCGCCGCCCAGGCUGAGCGCGAGGCCGCCGCUGCUCAGUCCAAGGCCAACGCUGCAGCCGCCGCCGCAGCGACGGGAGAUACCGCCAAGAGCAUCCAGAUCACCCUGGAUCGGAAGACGCUGCCGAUACUGCCUGGAACCGCUGCCGUCCAGAGCGAUGGCAAGGCCGAGCCGCUGGUGAUCGGCAAGAAGGUGGCCGAAGCGGCUGCCGGCACCAUCUCCAAGGACGCCGACAAACUCAAGCAGGUCCAAGACCAGGCGAAGAGCGCAGCGCAGAAAGCCCAAGCGGCUGCCCCAAAGCCCACCGGGCUCAUCUCUCGCGCCAUCAACGCCACGUCUCCGUCCGGUUCCGGCGCCAACCCGAUGGCCAGCAACAACGGCACCGACUUCACGAGCGUCAUAUCAGCCCUCGUCGGCACCGCCAACCAGCAGCAGAACCUCGACGCCUCAUCCACCCCGGACUUCAGCUACAGCACCAUCAGCGACGUGACUGGCGGCUUCUUUCUCGCGGCCGACGACUCGGGGACGCUUGGGCUGACGGCCGAGGCGCCGACGGCCGACGCCUUCGCGUGGAAGACGUUCGCGCUGUUCAAGGGCGCGCUCGCCGCCGACGCGCGCAGCCGCCUCUUCGUCUUCUUCCCGGCGACCAUGGACGCGCUGGGCGUGUCGCGCUUCCGGCUGGCGGCGCUGAACGAGACGUCGUUCGAUGCCCGCGCCGCGGCUGUGAUUCCCGUGAAUGUUGGCGGCGAUGGUGCGGUGGCUGGGUCAGUGCUGGUGCCUGUGGAUGCAGAGGGUGGGAGCUACGCUUUUGUUGCGUGUGAUGUUGCGGUGGAUGGGGUGGUGGUGAACAAGCUUUUUGUCGUCGCGGACCAGGACGCUGGCAUCAAGACGCUGCUGGAGACGAGUACGCAAGAUCAGGUCACGGGCGGGGUUGCGAACGACUGUUUUCCGGUUUCCUUGAAGUCUCCUUUGUCGGCUGGCCUUUAG